AUGUCUGCUGAUAAUAUUCUCAAUCGUCUUACACAAGAAGAUGAAAAUAAACAAAAUUUAAAUAUAAAAAGCAAUGAUAAUAAUAAUGCUAGAAAUAUGACAUCUGAAAAUGAUAUAUUAGUUAAAUUGCCAUCACUUCAGGAAAAAGUGUCACUAAAAUAUUUUCAACAAAAUGCACAGUUAAAAUAUCGUCUCAAUCAACAACUAAAAACAUUUGGUGGUGAUCUAGCAAAGUUAUCAUUAUCUAUUAACGAUAUCAAUGAAGAAAUUAGAAAACUAAAAGAUAACUAUACACAAAUAGAUCCUGAUUUCACAUCUUUAACAACUAAUGAUUUUACCAAUGAUGAAGUUAAUACAAAAAAUGAAAUAAAAACGUUAUUAACAGAUGUUAAUAAAAACAUUGAAUAG